AACUCUGACAGUCAUACAAGUUUAAUUAUAGAUCAAUUUUACCUACAUGCUGUUAAAGUGUUGGUAGUGGUCGCAUUAAAUUGAUAACAACAAAUAAUUACAGAAAAUGUACAUAUUAUAAUCAAAUCAUAUAGAAAAAUAUAUACAUCAAUAUGGAGAUGGACAUUUUGUUGAGGUUAAUGGCUUCCGAGUUCUAGACAUCUCGAGCCGUACUAGUAGUGUAAUUCUUUCCGUGAGGAAGGCAAACAGUUGUACAGGAGCGUCAUUGGUAUUAUCUAUUAAUACUUGAAAUACUGGCUGAACUAUGGAUCUUGAUAAUUUAGAAGUACAAGCAGUUCAUGAAUAAAUUUUCUGUUACUCAUAAAAGGGAAAAAUUUCCACAAACCUUUUUCUAUUCUUGCUUAUUAUUCUCUCAGUUAAAAGUGGUAAUUGUUCCUGCUUGUGCACAAUGAAGGUGGAGUCCUUUCAUGGCCACUGCAGUCAUCGAAGUCAGUGAUAAAUUUUAUCUUUCAACAAACAAUUUGAGCAGUGUAUGUUUGUCAAGUUAAUGAAUUUCAGUAUGCCUGUUUUCCUGAUUCAAGAGUUCCACCAUGUUUUUCUCAAGAUCUAACUGCUGACUUAUUGAACUUUAUGGCAAUUUUAUAUCCAUUAAAUUCAUUCAAAGAGAUGGUGGGCAACUUGUACCUAAAACACAGAAAAUGUAUAGGACUCCAGAGUGAGAGUGACCUGGCCAGGUUCUCAGAAAACUGAAUUAAUUGUUGUUGUUUUUUCAUACUAUGGCUCCCAAGUCUUUGCCUGUUACCAUUGUUGAUGUGCAUCAGCUAGCUGCUGUGGUGAGAAAUCAGAUAGACACGGUGUUGAUCAUUGAUAGCAGGUCAUUUCUUGAGUAUAAUACCUGCCAUGUUGCCAGUGCUGUUAAUGUCUGCUGUUCAAAGCUUGUCAAACGUAGAUUACAACAGGACAAGAUUUCUGUGAAAGAACUAUUGUUACAUACUUGCCAGUUUGAUAUAGAUGAAACAUAUGAUGUUGUAGUGUAUGACCAGAGAUCAUUUUCUGUGGACAUAAAUACCACUGAUACUUUCAUAGCUGUGUUAAUGACAAAAUUGGCACAGGUGUUUAGAAGUGUGAACUUAGUCAGAGGAGGUUUUCUGGAAUUCCAGGCUGCUUAUCCUAAUUUAUGUGAAGAUAAAACAUGGAAAUGCACACCAUUAACAUCCCUGUCCCAGCCUUGUCUGUCAGUUACCCACCAAGGGCCAACCAAAAUUUUGCCAUUCAUGUACCUUGGUUCACAAAGUGAUGCAUUCAAUAAAGAAAUGUUAAAGAAUCAUAACAUCACAUAUGAGUUGAAUGUCAGUGCCAACUGUCCGAAGCCAGACUUUAUCCAAGACACACAUUUCAUGAGGAUUUCUGUCAAUGAUAACUACAGUGAGAAGCUCUUGCCAUUCUUUCCUAAAGCUUUCCAGUUCUUAGACAAAGUGCGAGAGGGUAGUGGUUGUGUGCUAGUGCAUUGUUUGGCUGGUAUUUCCCGUUCACCUACAAUUGCUAUUGCCUAUGUCAUGCACUAUCUGCGACUAUCUUCAGAUGAGGCUUAUAGAUAUGUGAAGUCAAAAAGAGUGACCAUUUCUCCAAAUUUCAACUUUUUGGGUCAGUUACUUGAAUUUGAGAAACAGUUACUCAAGGACAGCUUACUGGAAUCUAAACUUGAGGUAAUGUCUGCACCACCAGAUGGGAACGAUAAAAGAUCUUUUUGUCGGAGGGAAAAGCAACAUAGCCUUAGGCUCAGUCUGCCUAAACCUGGAAGUGAAUCCCUUAGUGGGGAGAACUCAUCUAAUGAAGACCAGUCUCCAACUACUGCCCUUUCUAAGCUUAGUUUUGAGAACCAUGAAAGAGACCCAGAAGAAACUGGCAAAAGAAAGCAAUCUGGAAGAGCUGUAGAAGACAGCAGUAAAAGGAGAAAACCAGGCAUUCAUACUGACCACAGCUUUAGCUGUAUGGAGAAUCAGUUGAUAGACACUCAUGUCAAAAGUGAAGAAAGUAAUACAGAUGACUCAAAGCUCAGUGACUUACUCAUGGAUACAACUUACAUCUCUGGUUAUCAAUUUUCAACUAAUGUAUACACAUCAACACUAACUACCAAGACUGGCAUAGAUACAGAAGAAAAACUUGGUAAAAGAUGUCAGCCUGUACCCACCAUAGAUUUUGGCUUUUCAUCAUCAGGUAUUUUAAACUUACCUUGUCCUCGACGAAAAUCAUUUACCUCUUUUGCAACUAUUCUUGAAGCAAUCCCAAAUAAAUCCUCCUUAGUUUACUGUCAAAAGCCCUUUAAAAAAGAAGCAAAUACACCAUUGGAAGUGAAACAUUAUGAUUUCAAAGAUCACAGAAUGUCUGACUAUUCAAAACAAACUAUUUCUGCUCCUUUUCUAUCAGUCAGAGAUGCCAAAAGUGAUGAACAUAAUACCAAAGGGUUCAAAUAUUCAGAAGCAGCACCUCUUAGCAGUAAAAGUCAGAAAUUAGCAUUUUUGCCUUUAUACCAAUCCGGAUAUGAAAGAAAAUUUACAAAUGUUUUACGGACAGUGCAGGUAACAAAAGAAAGCUCAUCUAUUAACACAGAUUACAAAAAAUUCAGUAAGCUGAUUGUGUCUCCAAAGGAAAAUCCAAAUAUACAGUUAAUAAGUGAAGAUGCUCCAAGUCCUUCUGAAAGACACCUCAUGGAAGAGUUCAUGGAUAUUGAGGACUUGCCUAACAAUGAUGAAGUUUUUUUACCCAAAAGAAGUAAUGCAGUCAGGACCACCUUGGUAUUUCCUGAAAGACAUGAUUCAGGUGUUCCAGCUUCGCCUUCCAUAAUAGAAGCACCUCUGCAGUUGUCUCAUGAUGGCAUCCCGUAUAGAAAACCUGAAAAGAGUCUUGAUAAGUUUAUCACUAGUAAGGGAGAAAGUUGUGAGGAAAACUUCACUGAAGAAAAGUACAGAAGACACCAAAGCUUACAGAAAACAGUGUUGGAAAUGCUCUCAGAAAGUCAUAAACUUCUUGCAAAUGAUAACUGGUUUCUUUUGAGAGAAUCAAAAAAGAAAAACGAGAACACUGAGGGUUUGUAUAGGGCCCAGUCAUGUCCAGUUAUUGCAGAAUGGUUUAAUCCUUCCCCUAGCCCAGACUACUUUAAUAGUGCAAAUAAAAUGAAAUGCACCAAGUUUGAUGGUGGAGGGCCUCAUAUGCGUAAAAUGAAACUGUCUCAGAUUGAGCGAAAGGAGCGGCUUCAGAAUCGUUUCAGCUGUGGAAGCCUUGAAUGUGAACAGACAGAUUGGAAAUAUAAUAAUUUUUCUUGUCCUGACAUGUCAGAUUUUGCCAUUGGUCAGAGAAGUCAAAGGUCAUCACCAGCUUCUCUUUUUUCUCCAUCACAUGAGGUUUUCAGUCGUCACAUCAGUAUGAUCCAAGUUUCCUGACCGUAAUAAAACUUGAAGGAUUUUAGCUUUUCUUUUACAUUUUCAUCUAGUUCUACUACUCAUGCAUAUCUGUAGCAGACAUCUCUGAUCACAAACAAAUGUGUGCACUGUGUACAGAAUUACCUUAGCAAAUUACCCUACCCCUGAAAAUAAGAAAUUAUUAGCCGGUAUAUUUAUGACUGAAGAGUAAGUUUCUAGUUCCAUUGGUAAUUUCAGUUGUGAAGGUAUAUGGGUUUGCUAAGUUAGAUCACUUUGUUGUCCUUAAUAGAAUGUUCCAUACGUUGUGCUGUGAUUACUUCUAACUUUGUUAGGCAAGGGGCAGGUUCCUCUUUUAUCUUGUUUUCCCAUUUGAAUUUAAAGUUGGAGAUCAGAUGUUGAUGUUUGUGAUCUAAUGAGAAAUAUGGUUCUUUGAUUUCAUCGGCUGUUAUAUAUAUAGAAUGUACAUUAAUGUGACUAACGAGAUAGAUUUUAAUUGAUUACAUUUUCUUUUGUUCAUUAAAAGAAGGAUAGGAAACUAAUGUCCUUUUUGACUGUACCUGAUUUGGCUAAUUUUAUUAAAUAUCAAUGUUUCUGAAGAGCUACCUACAAUUAUUAAACGUUUUAGUAGCUUACUGCAGAAGUGGGAUUUUUAAACAUGAGAAUUUUGUUGACACCUUUAACUUUAUUGUUAAUCACAUAAUUUUAUGACAUACUUAAUCAAUAUUAACUAAACAACAAAAAUUAUUUUGUUGUAGUUAUCUUGUAGUCUUUUUUCCCCCUCUGAAUGUGAACUGUUAAAAUUAAUGUUUAUUUCUUUAAAGUUUGAAAAAAUGUUACUAGUAUAUUUUUUCUAAUUUUAUUUGAAACAAAAAUAAAUGUUAAUAGAAACACUUCAUGCUUAAACAUUUAAUACAUACGGUAUCAAUUAACUUGUUUCGUAGUCAUUUGUGGUAUUAGUUUAUAGUUGCGUGGACAAAACAAAGUUUGCUUUCCUCAAGAUUUCUUUGAUUUAUUUUUAUUUUAUUCCUGUUAAAAGUUUGGCCUUUGUUACAUUGUCUUGGUUGAACAAUUUAACUAAUUUUUAUCUUAUUAUGUUUUACUUAUAUGUUAAGCGGGUUCUUGGGUUAUAAAACUUUAAAUAAAAUUUGUGAUCAUUGUCAUUAAGUGGAACUGAUUGGUUAAGGAGUUGAUCUCCAUCAAGAUAUAUUUGAGUACUAAGAUACAUAUUACUUGGAGUAGCUGUUGUGUGUUAAUUUAUACUAUUAGGAAUAGAGCAGAUCUUCUCCCUUGAUGUUGAUGGCAUCUAUAAGGUUUUCUCUGUAUAAUAGAUUAAGAGGGUAAGGCAGAAAUAUUUAUAAUAUAAAAGUAUGAUGGUUGUAACAGGAUAUUGUCAAGGAACUGGGUCAUUUUAUUCUACCCAUAACUACUCCGCUGAAGUGUUUCUGGCAGUUGAACUGUUUGUUAAAAAUAAUGAUAUUACAAUGCCUACAAAUCCAUUUUUCAAGCUACAAAAUAAACGAAAGUUAACCAUGCAUGACAAUAGUAUAUUCAUCAUACGAAAAUAGUUAUUUAUAGAGAAAAAAAAGCUCCCACUACAUUUGAAGAUAUUGCUUUAGAUACUACUAUAACGUUCUCUUCGAGCUGAUUCUGUAGGUCAUUAAACAUAAAAAUAGUAAGUGCCAUUUAACUCAUCUUAGGUUUAGUAAACAUAAUUUUAAUUAUGCAAGAAUGUUACAUUAAUAGAGUGUGUAGUGAAAUUUCAGAAUAUACAGUGUGUUACAAGAUUUUGUUUUUGACUAGAUUAAAACGGUGGUCAUUUUACAGAGGGAUUUAUUAAGAGAGAUAUUGCAACAGAUAUAGUUGGAUAGAAAGCAGAAAGUUUGUGCAUAUUUCUAUGGACUCUCAGAAAUUAAGAGUUAUAAUCCUGAAAUUGUAUGAUGAAAAAGAAGGAAAUUAUUAAAGAACUGAAACUCAUCAUAAGAACAUAAGAAUAGGUAAGAGCAUACCAAAUGGUUAAAACAGAAUAACGUAAGAAACAAACGAAACGUCAAGCGCAUAAAGUUCUUUGUGUGAUUUUUACAUUUUGUUGUGUUUUAGAUUAAAAGUAUCAGUGAUAUCAUUUAUUGUAAUUUCAAAUUUAUGCUAUGUAUAGACGUAUAUCUGUUAAUGUUGGUAAAUGGCAUUGAUUUCCGUGUUGUUAUAUGUAUGUAGAUUUUCGAUACAUUGUUAUAAGUUUGACUUAAAUCGGUUAUGUGCGGAUGCGUUUCGUUGAUUGUUCUGAAUUGGUUGGGUCUUUAAUUAGUUCCUAUUAGAGACUGGAUUGUUAAGUCGUGAAAGUGUAAAUUUAUUGAUGUUGUAUGUAUCAGUAGAUGAAAGUAUGUUUUGGAUAUUGUACGGAAUUAAGAUGACUGUAUAAGUUAGUUUAAAAUAAAUACGUGUAUUCCAGUGGAGUGUUUUAAUAACCCGCAAUAUGUAAUAAAAAGAGGCUAGUUACAAAUACA